ACAAUCAUAAAACCACUGGGAUUCCGAAGUCAUUUUUGCAUUCCCAUUUCUCGAUGAAAAAUGGUACUGAUAAACCGGUAGGUACCAUCAUCGUGUCGUGAACUCACAGUAAAAGCGCGACUUGUUCAGUGCGAGCCGGUGUCUUUCUACAGACAGACGGGUUACGCGGGUACUAUCAUAAGGUACUAUCGAAGUCGAAAUAUCCACGAUUAAAGAAACAUUCGUGAAAGUGCUUAUUUAUGUUAUGCCUAUAGUCGUUUAAGAUCGCAACAAUAAAUCAAUACAUCUAGUCGUUAUAAAAGGAAACAGAUUGAACUGUGUCCUCACACAGGUGGGGAAAUACCGGCUAAAAUUCCUCUACGUUAUGGACUUCUUAAAAGCUCGCGUUUAAAGGAACAACAACUCGACCUUUGAACAAGAAACAUGCAGAGUAUCAAUAUGAAGGCGGACCAAGGUACUCAAGUCAAUUUUUCGACGGUUCCCAGAAACCACUUGAGAAAAAUGAAGAGACACAACACUUCUGGCGAUUUAAUCUAUUCCCAACAUAUAAGAACGCUGAGCAAUUCAUGGGCACAGCUAAAACCCCUGUCAACACGCCCAAGAUCGCUCAAUAUCGUCGAAGCCUUCAACAGACCGAAAGUAUUAGCAAGUGACAGUCCCCUGUCACUUUUGUCAACUCCGGGAAUGGAAACUCCGUUAAGUUCCAUCUCGCGAGAACGAACUCCUCCAUUUUCCUGCAACUCCAGCACAAUAUCGAUGGGAUACAAAGGACCUCCUAUGUAUAUACCACCACCGCCACCUCCUCGGCUGAAAGCGGUGCAGGACGAUGAAAGUACCAGCAGUUCCCGAUGUUGUUGCAAAUGUUACGACGUCGAAACAGGCAGAAAUGGUACCAAAGUGAUCUCUAACACCCCAGAAGGACUGUCGUGGCGACGGUUACACAAAUCGAGGGCGAAACUCAAGGCAACAGCUACUACCUCGGAACUACUAUCAGGAUUCGCCAUGAUAGCAAUGGUGGAGCUUCAAAUCAACACCCCCACAAAUGUUCCUGAGUGGCUUUUCGUGAUGUUCGCCGUUUGCACGACCAUACUAGUCGCAGUUCACAUUUUUGCCUUGAUGAUAUCCACGUACAUCCUGCCCAAUAUCGAAUCGAUAGCAAAACUAGAAAUAUGCGAGCUGGUUACGGAAAGUCCCCACGAAAGGAUGCGAGGCUUCAUUGAACUAGCCUGGGCAUUUUCAACUAUUUUAGGUUUAUUUUUAUUUAUGGUCGAGGUAGCAAUACUCUGUUGGGUGAAAUUCUGGGACUAUAGUUUCACAGCGGCAGUGGCGGCGACUAUAAUAGUGGUUCCGGUACUAAUAGUGUUUGUUUUGUUCGCGGCGAACUUUUACCAUUCCCUCGUAGUGGACAAGUGUAAUUCCUCCAUCAGCGACAUGAGAAAAUUGGAGGAAAUGAAAAAGAACUUGGACGAAAUUAGCCAAUCUCCAGUGUGAUCUUGUAGAAAUAUGAUGUGGUUGUGUAAAAAAACUUGAAAAACUUUUUUUUUGAAGUUCCAUUUAGAACCUCGAAAUUAGUGAAACAAAUUAGUGGUUUCAGUUAGGGCAGACGUUUCUUCCUCUAAUUCAUUGUAAAAAUUAGUGGUAGUACUUUUAAAUCAGUAUAAACAGUUAACAAACUUUAAUUGUUCUACUAAUUAUACGUCAAAAUUUGCGAGUAAUGUCAUUUUGGCCUAUCAUUACCAUCUGUCAAGAGAAUUUGUGGUUAGAUAUAAAAGUUUGUUGUUUUAUAACCUAAUUAUUAAGUUUUCUCUAUGGAUACCACUAAAUACUACAAGCUGUUGUUAGGAUUAUCUAUAUCUCUUUUAGACAUUGUGAAUGCUCGUAAACUCAUAAGUAUAAAGUAUAAUUGAAACCCCUAAUUUAUUCCACUAAUUGCGAGAUUCUGAAUAAAGCUUUUUAGAGUUGUUUAGAAUAUCUAGAAGUUAGUUAUUUUAUUUUUAGAACUGAAAAUACAUUUUAUAGCAACGACGGCUAGUAGAAUUUCGGCUGUCUUUCGAUUAUUAAAAACUAAAAACAAUUUUAAAAUUUGUGAUUUUUUUUAAUUUUUGGAUGUAAAAGCAA